AUGAAGGCAUGCGUUGAAGGUCUCCAGUCUUCGUCCAUUGCUAUCAAACGCUUGGCCGUAGCGAAGCUACGUCUUCUCGCUGAGAAUCGAGCUAUCAUUGGUGAAUCGGGCACAGAGGUGUCGAAGCAGAACGCUGCUUGUGCUCUGCUUAGUCUCAUGUUGAUCGAAGACAACAAGAUCUCAAUUGGUGCAUGCGAAGCUAUUCCACCCUUGGUUUCUCUGCUCCUGAACGGCUCCACUCGCUGGAAGAAAGAUGCGCUUACCACGCUCUACAAACUAUGUACGGUGCGGCAAAACAAAGAGAAGGCCGUUAGCGUUGGAGCCGUGAAACUGCUCGUGGGGAUGGUUUCAGAGCAGGGGAGCAGUUUGGCGGAGAAGGCUAUGGUGGUUUUGACCAGUUUGGCUACUAUUCCCGAGGGCAAAACGGCCAUUGUUGAGGAAGGCGGGAUUCCGGCUCAGACCCAGAUGGGUCAGCUGGCGGCUCGAGCCGAGGCCAUGUCUCGGGAGCUUGAAGUCUGCGAGAGGGAGAAGGUAUACCAGCAAAAGAAUAUAAUGCCAGAAACUGUCAAGACCAUCUUCUGA